CUAUUGUUUACUCAUCGCCAAGGCUGCAAAGCAACAACAAUAAAAAGGAACAUUUUUAAAACUCGCGUCAAAUAUCAUUGAUUUUGAGAAUCACACAGACGUGCUUCAUUUACCAAAGGAAAAGCAGCUAAAAUAUCAACAUGAGUUCUGCAGAGAUUCUGAAGCCCAAAUCCAUGGUCCGCCCCAAACAUUGGUCUGAGGAGGUGGAGAAUGCCUACAGAUUCCAGCUGGCUGGAUACAGAGAUGUAACAGAAUAUAAGGCGAUACACAAUGUAGAAGAUUGUGAAAGGUGGCCAGACAGUGGUUUUGUGAAGAAGCUAAAAAGGAAAGAGGAUGGCUACUUUUACUACUAUAACAGAACCAGAGAAUGCCAAGACAAAGACAUUAACAAGACAAAGAUGUACUCUUAUUGAACGCAGCAUCUUUCAUGCCAUUAAACCAGGAAGACAUUUUUUGAAAAGUCCAGGAUGCAAAUUUAUUCAAAUUAAAGACUAAAUGAUUUUCUAAAAGGAAAAAAAA